AUGGGCCAAAUCGAAAUGGUGUUUGGCUCCAGCCUCAUUGCAGAUUCGUUGUCUGAAGCGCAGCACCCUAAGAAGGCGUCAUUCGUGGUCUCUGGGCCAGUCGUGAUCUUCUUCAGUCUAUGCCCAAUUCUCGAAUCGCCAAACGACGAGUCAACAGUUGAAGCUUUCAGAAGUCUCUUGGUCUUGGAAGUUCAUGUCAGCCUCCGGAUUCAGCGAAUUCACAGACCUGCCAACGAUUUCCACAAUUGCUUUGGCCGCGUUUCGGUUGUGCUUCAUCACUCCAACCUCGCGAAAAUUGCCUCCCUUAAAAGGGUACCAAUGAAAGUGUACCCAAUCAAGCAUAUAAGGACUCGACAUCUCGACCGGGGGCUUGAGAGAUAA